ACGUUGGGUCAUGCGUGGCGUCGGGCGAUAGCUAGCCCAUAGCUAGCCUAGCCAGCGCCUGUUCCCGAAUCCACCAGGAGAUGUCGCUGCUGUUUAGACGUUCGCGUACGGCUACGACCCUGAGUCCAAACGCGGGUGGCGCAAGAUGUAUUUUGACAGCAGGUAUGUGAGAGGAGGAACACUCAGAACUUCACCCCACGUCUUCGGUUUUGGUUGGUAAAAUCAACGCAAACAGCGCCACAGCAACCAGACACGCUCCUUGUUAGGUGUCAAGCCCCCUUACGAAAUGUGACAGGAUGCUGAACCAUCACUGCAGAAGGAACCCCGAGCUUCACGAGGAGCUGCAGAUCCAGGCUGCGGUGGCGGCAGGGGAUGUGUGCACGGUGAGGAGAAUGCUGGAGCAGGGAUACUCCCCCAAGAUCCGUGACGCCAAUGGAUGGACGCUGCUUCACUUUUCUGCUGCCAAAGGAAAGGAGAGAUGUGUCCGGGUCUUUCUUGAGCAUGGAGCCGAUCCCGCAGUGAAGGACUUCAUAGGUGGCUUCACGGCGCUCCACUAUGCGGCCAUGCACGGCAGAGCCCGCAUUGCCCGGCUGAUGUUGGAGUCCGAAUUCCGCAAUGACAUUAUCAAUGCCAAGAGCAACGAUGGCUGGACACCGCUCCAUGUGGCAGCACACUAUGGCCGGGACUCGUUUGUACGCCUGCUGUUGGAAUUCAGAGCAGAAGUAGAUCCGCUAAGCGAUAAAGGGACCACCCCGCUUCAGCUCGCCAUCAUUCGUGAACGCUCGAGCUGCGUACGGAUCCUUCUGGAUCACAGUGCAAACAUCGACAUCCAAAAUGGCUUCCUACUGCGAUAUGCAGUUAUCAAAGGCAAUCACUCGUACUGCCGUAUGUUCUUGCAGAGAGGAGCGGACACUAACCUGGGCCGUCUAGAAGAUGGACAGACGCCACUGCACCUGUCAGCCCUCAGGGAUGAUGUGCUGUGCGCCCAGAUGCUCUACACGUACGGGGCAGAUACAAACACGAGGAACUAUGAGGGUCAGACGCCAGUGGCUGUGUCUGUUAGUAUGUCAGGAAUCAGCCGGCCCUGUUUGGACUUUCUACAAGAGGUCACCAGGCAGCCGAGGAGUUUACAAGACUUGUGUCGGAUAAAAAUCCGCCACUGCAUCGGCCUCCAGAGCCUGAAGUUCUUGGAAGAUCUGCCCAUUGCCAAGGUUAUGAAGGACUACCUGAAACACAAGUUUGACAACGUGUAGCGGCACCGGCGCCCACGCCCGGGAGGUGACCGAGAACCGUCUCUGGUUCAGUGCAAGACUAUGCAAUCCCCCCCCUUUUUUUCCCCUUACAUGUAGGAAAAUAGCGAAGGUUGGU